AUGAUCAGUGGGGGAGAGGUGGUGGUAGGAGAGGUAGAAGAGGUAGAGGAAGAGGGAGAGGUGGUGGUGGUGGGAGAGGAGGAAGAAGAAGAGAAAGAGGAAGAGGAAGAGGAAGAGGAAGAGGAAGAGGAAGAGGAAGAGGAAGAGGAAGAGGAAGAGGAAGAGGAAGAGGAAGAGGAAGAGGAAGAGGAAGAGGAGAAAUUGGGAAACUCAUGGAAAGAAGUACCUCAAUGGGUGUAA